AUGACAUGCUACUACCGCAACGGCACUCACGCCGCAGACGACACCCCCUGCCCAAACGCCAACACCUGCUGCCCCUCCAGCGCAACAUGCACCGACAACCUCCUCUGCCGCGACAAGAACAACCACGCCAACGGCUCGCUGACUGACUUCCCGGACGGACACGCAUACAACUACACCGGGCUGUAUUAUACCCCCUCCUGCCAGGACAAGAGCUACAAGGGGUGUUCUGUAGCCUGUACGACAUAUGAUUCGUAUCGCGGGCAGUAUAUCUGGGCGUGUAACGCCGCGCUGACGAAGUACUGUUGUCAUGAUGAUGAGGCGAGUUUGGGUCAGGGGGAUUGUUGCGACGGUGGGACGUUUGAGUUGGCGGUGCCGGAGAGUUCGACUUUACCCUCUGCGACGCCGUCUCCGUCUGCUUCUGCUUCUGCGAGUUCAAGUUUGAGUUUGAGUUCGAGUUCAGUAUUGGCUGGGGCGUCGGGGUCAGUUUCACCUUCGACUACGGCGGCAGCAGCAGCUACAAAUGACCUGUCGACAGGCGCAAAGGCGGGCAUUGCGAUUGGCGCGGCCGGAGCAGGAAUCAUCAUCAUCGUCCUCGUCGCACUGCUACUCAGGGCACGCAGACUUGCAGCUAACACCCCAGGGCAAAAUCAAAGUGAAAAGCAUACAUUCCGGACAAGUGGCGCCAGAGCCAGACGAGCGGAACUCGAGGCGUGCGCAUACGCACCACCAAGCGAACUGUCUGCGAGGCCGGCACGGAGCCGCUUCGAGCUCGGUUCUUGA